AUGACCGUUGGCCCGCGCACACGCGAUAUGGAUUUCCACAGCCAUCCUUCUCGGGCUACCCCGCGCUGGGAAAACCGUCACGGCGACCUUCGUGGUAAUGUGCCUGAUUCCCCGACCCCUAGCGGCUCACGACCGGAUGGUCCCCGAACUCCAGUGGCUACACAACGUCCCAUGGGACCACGGCAACCAGAGCAGAAGCCCGCUGGGAAUGCUCCCUGGCAGAGUCGCCCAAAACCUAAGGUUUCGACACCCCCAGAGAAUGAACCCCUGGAGUCACGAGUUGACGAAAUCGCUCGCCAGUUGUCACGAUUAACCCUGUUGCUGGAGCGCAACCCUAAUGUACAAUUGUGGGAAAGGGAUAACACUCACCAUGAAGACCCACAUUUGUCUCAGAUGGAGCAUCCGGACAUCUACUCUUGUUUCCGGCCGGCUACCCCACCAGCCGCCUAUGUCAAACGUGUGGCCAAUUUCGAGCCUAUACCGCUUCCCCGCAAGCGUCCAACGGCUACCCCUAGCCAGGAUGCGCCUCGGCCUGCUACUACCGGGCGUAUAGGCAUUGUACGACCUGUGGUGACACCGUUGGCUUCCCCGAAUGCCCCGGCUACGGCUACCCAGGCACAUCAGCCACAGGAGCCAGCAGCUCCGGCCAUGCUGCGGCAGCACAGUUUGAUGCGAACAUGCCAGCUGCCCUUGCCCCAGACGGCUUGGAUCAUGACGGACAUUUAG